CAGACAACUACCAAACAGCAACCAGUUCGGCACGUCAUGUGACUGCUGCGCUUAUCCCCUUUCGCAUUCCCCAUCCACGUGAGCCGUCUACUUCGCUUUACAACCAUCUUCAUUAUAUCCCCCUCCAUCAAGGUUUGGAGCCUGGAACUCACGCGUUCGCGAUACUGUUAUCAACAACACCCCGUGACCUGACCGCACAUCCCCGUGACCAUAUCCAGCCCCGGUAUCCAGAAACCCAAGGGUAAACGGUGGGACUUGCUAUUUACGGCAGGACUUUGUUUGAUAUUCCCACUUGGUAACCACUCACCAUGGCUGAUACACAACAACUUGGCGCCUCAGAAGGCAGUAUGGUGAAGCGGAAGCGGGAGAGCAGUGACAGCGGCGGCCCAGAUGCUCAACGCCUCAACCGGUCUUCUCAUGGGAGUAAUGGCAGUCUCCCGGGCGCUGAUUCCCAGAACUUCACUCACAGUGCCCUCGCCUCUUAUGACCAUGGUUUACCAAAUUCAGCAUCAGAGCUGAAUAUUGACCAACAAAUCCUUCAGCAUGUUGGGACCCAGAACGGGAUCACCGAUGAAAAUGCCCUUACUACGGCCAAGGCAGCACUAGCAGCCCAUAAUCCUCAGAACAAGUAUCCGCCGCCUCCGGAGAACGCAUUCGAUAACAACCUGGCCCAUGGCCUGACGUUUGGAGACGAUAUCGGCCAGAAUAUCGGCCAGAAUCACAAUUCUACUGCUGCCGCAGUUUACGCAGCUCGCGAGGCGCAGAGCAUGAACCAAAAACCGACUGUCGGUUCUCCUGAAUGGCACCAAGUCAGAAAAAAUAACCAUAAAGAAGUGGAACGUCGCCGCCGUGAGGCAAUCAACGAGGGUAUCAACCAGAUCGCUCGCCUCGUACCUAAUUGCGACAAAAACAAAGGCGCGAUCUUGCAACGUGCCAUUGAGUACAUCAACCAACUGCAUGAGGAAAAGAGGCAGAUGAGCGAACGAUGGGAGCAGAGCAAUAUGACGACAAGUCACGCUAUCAACGAAAUCAGUGCGCAAAACUCAAAGUUAAAGGUCGAGGUCAACCGCCGCGGUGAUAUCGCGCUGAAGUGGCUGCAACGAUGUCGCGACGCAGGACUCGAAUUCGACGACUACGAAGAAGCAAAGGAGCUAGAGCCGCUCGACGUUGAUCAGACACAGGUAUAAAUCCAAUUCGCCGCUUUUUCCGCUCUACAGUACACAACCGCCGUUUCCUCUCCAGGCCAUAUACAUAGUGCCCUCACAUGCUCCAUCUGCCAAGAGGAGAGCAGGGCUCUCCGCUCUCAUCAUUUUCACCCUCAGCUCAUCUGGUUAGGGGACGCCUGGCAUGUCUAAUCUUCCUCCGUCCGGUUCGGUUAUUGUCUUUGUGUCUCUGCGUUAGUGUCGUUUGGUUUGUUUUUCCUCGUUAUACCGUAGUAACGGCGACAUGUGGCCAGCCAAGCCCGGUGUCCAUCUUUAUCCCCCUUACUCAUGUUAGUUCAUCUUGUCUUUCCAGUUGAUCUUUGUUCCUGUUCUAUUUCUCUGUGUUGUACGUUAUUCGAUCCAAGGAUGGGUUGGCGAAAUAGGUUCGGGAGUUGUUAGUUUGCAGUCUACAGUUUGCGGUCUGUACUGAGGCUAUGGAGCUAGUCUACUGUGCGUUUAACAGAAUGCAGUUUUUUAU